CAUAAAGUCAUCAAUAUGGUAACCAUAAAUCCAGAUUGCUUCUGCCUGCAUGGACUAACGUGUCUGUAGUUAUUUAAUUUAUUUAGGAUUUUAAUCCCUGUUUAGUUUUUCUUGUUUUGAAUCAAGAAUGUUUAAAAAAUUUGACGAGAGAGACCAUGUGUCUGGUGUCACACAAUUAAAAUCUUCUGUUCAAAAAGGGAUUCGAACAAAACUACUAGAACAAUUUCCAUACUUAGAAGAUUACAUGAAUCAAAUUCUACCGAAAAAGGAAAAUCUUAGGGUUGUCAAAUGUCAUGAUCACAUUGAAAUAAUUGUUGGAGCUAAUGGUGAACUCUUGUUUUUUCGCCAACGAGAAGGACCAUAUUUUCCAACACUUAGAUUGCUGCAUAAAUAUCCAUUUAUCUGCCCUUGGGAGCAAGUAGAUAGAGGGGCUAUCCGUUUUGUUUUGAGUGGUGCCAAUAUCAUGUGCCCUGGUCUUACUUCCCCUGGAGCUAAAAUGACAUCUGUUCCAAAAGGUACAGUUGUGGCUAUUAUGGCUGAAGGAAAAGAACAUGCACUUGCCGUGGGAUUGACCACCAUGUCUACAGAUGAGAUAGCUAAAGUAAACAAGGGCAUUGGCGUUGAUAAUAUUCAUUAUCUAAAUGAUGGCUUGUGGCAGAUGAAACCUGUGAAAUAAUUAGAACAGCAAAUAGUGUGCAUUUUAUAUUUCUCAAUUGAUAUUUCAGUGAAGAAUUUGAAUAAGCGAGCUUGUUUCUAUUCACAACUCCUUUUGUGAACAGAAAAUGUGGAAAACUCUGACAUAAAUUUCUUUUUCCUGGUCUGGACUUGAUAUUACAAGUUUGCAUUUGCUAUGUUGAAAUAUUGAAAUUGUGAUAUUAAUGCCAACUUUUAUUUAUGCUGUCAAGUCAAAUAAAAGCAGAACCUUUUUUAACUUUGGAAACUUAACACUUCUUUGUGUGUGUGUGCGUGUUUUUUUUUUUUUUUUGAAAGGGGGGAGGGGAGGUGGAUUGAUUUUGAUAGACCUUUUAUUUGUUCAUACUCAAGCUUUAAAUCUUGUUAUUGUUGAGAAAUUGACAUAUCUCCCAACCUCUUCCCCCUGAAAAUAUAAAUGAUAAAGUUUGUGUGACAUGCGAAUUUAGUGUGUAAUCUUUUGUACUGACUUAAGAAAAAUGGUGAAAAAUUGCUGUAUUCUAAUACUUCUUUAGCUUUUUUUUUGUGCCAAACGGUAAUAAUUGUUCAAGGUUCAGCUACCAUUAGAAAAUAAUAAUAGUAAUGAAAUUAAACAAUAACUCGGUGCCACUUAACAGAAGUUUUAUAUUUGUUGAAUAUUUCAAGGCAAGAAAUUCAGUAUUAUUUCAAUUUUAAUUUUGCAAUUUGCACCACAUAUUAAGUUUUUAUGUGCUAAAAGUGCAUUAUGUAUAACUCAUUGUUUGUAUGCAUUUCUUGGUUUGCUUGUAAGAAAUGGAGAGACAAUUGGACCCUGUUACAUGUAAUUAAGUAAAAAUCUUAAUAUCUGAUUUAUAGGGCUCAUAGGUGGCAUUUUUGGCUAACUAAUGGAACUGCUGGAACUAAAAUCUUUAGAUUUGUUGAUUUCGGCAAUUAUUAUUAUUAUUUUUUUUUUUGUAGUUAGGAAUGGAAGUAUGUAAUUUUAUUGGGGGAAAAACGGUUGCAUAUGUAAAAAGUAAUAAUAAUAACUUGGAACUUUCGCUCUGUGAGAUUUGCACUAUAUUCUGUCAAUACUGCUAUAAGCAUUAAGUAAUAUGGGAAGGCAAUAGUAGAUGUUUAAAGUUUGCUACUCAAUCACAUCAGCGUUGUAAAAUUAUAGGAGUCUACUUUUUUUACUUUUUCAUGUGCAAGCGAAAGAACGCUUAUGCUCCUUGCACUUCUUCAUCCUUUACAAGAAGAUUAUCUUUGCAACUGUUUAUCAAGUUUCAUUACGAAUUAAACAAAUGAAAGUUCUUUUUAUAUUAAAAUAUUAAGAAGCAUAAACUUUAUUCUGAAAUAUAGACACUAUAUUGGGCAUAAAAAGUUACUGAACCAUUUAAACGACCAUUUAUUAAAGCAAAAGAAGUGAAAACAGUUCCUAUCACAUCAAUCUAGUGGAUUAAAAAAAUAAAAGAAAAUCGAGAAAACGUUUAAUUAAAUGAAAUAAUAUUAUGCAAUUUUUAUAUUUAUGGUGUUAUGUUUAACUAAUUGUUUGAUACUUCAGGUAAGUAUGUUGUAAUUUCAUUCAAUAAAAUAGAUAUAACUAUUAGAAGGUUCAGAAAAAAAAUCUUAAAAGCUUUUUUUGUUUUUUAACAAUCGCUUGGGGCUACCAUAUUAAUGGUAGUUCUACUUUUUAGAACAUUUUUAUUUUCUAAAAAGUAAACGGUAUAAUGCAUAUUGACCCAGAAUACAUGGCCUUAUUUCUCAAUUCCCUUCUUCAAUUUGAAAUGUGCUGAAUUAGAAAUUUAUUGUUAUUAAAAUUCAAUUUAUAAACACAAGGAUAAAAUAUUAAACACAUAAGUGUGGUUCAAAUUAUCCCAGAUAAUGUUUGCUUAUUGAAAAGAAAAGAAAAAAAAAACUUUUGCUUGUAGCACACGGCCUGUUUGCAUGUAGGAAAGCAUACUUAAUUUUAUCUCCUUUCUGCUGCCUUGUGUGCUAUUCUUCAGAAAUAUUUUACCUGCUUAUGGUUUUAAACAUUUCUCGUGAUUUCAUAAAAAAGCACAAAGCAUAUUAGGAGCCAAAAAGCAAAGCUAUUUUUGUUUUUCUACUUCAAAGUUCUACCAUUCUGAUAAAAGGAAAAAAAAUGUUUUCGCUAGGAUCUUGGAACUCACUUGAACUAUUUUUUUUAAAUGAAACAUGUUGUAGUUGUUUACAUUGAUGAAACUAUGGGUUUUCUUUCAUUUCUUUAAUGUAAAAAAAAAGUAAAAUUUAUAUUUGUAAAUAAAGUUAUGGCUCUGAACA